AUGGUGGAAAGCUAUGCGACAGCUUUAUCAGGAGUUCUAACACUCCUCCUCAGUGAGCAACAAUAAAUUUUGGCAUGCUCAUGGAGAUGUUAAAUUUUUUUUCGAACACGGAAAAAGUUGGAAAGCAAAAAUUAAUUUAAUUCGAGCUGCUUAAAAUUUAACACAAUAAGUAGAUAUUUCAUCAUAAAUAUAUAUUUUUGAGCACACUCACAAAUUUUUAUUGUAAAAAUAGAGAUUUUUCUAAAAGUCGCUCAUUCAUGGGGAGAGGAGUAAGCGCUUUGCAAGGAACUUGCAGAGACGAAGAUAGCGGUGCUAGAAAAGAAUGCAAACGUCAACAGAGAGAAUUGCUUUUGACACUAGAAGUUCUCCACGCAGGAACUACAGAACAUCGCGAGAAAGAAAAAGCAAUAUUAAAUUCAGCUCAAAGUUGCUAUGAUAAAUGCAAAAUUAUCGGGAAAACUAGAGUGAGAGAAUGCAACUCAAGAUGUCUCAACAUUAUUUCUCAAGAUAUUUGGAAAGAUCUGUGGGCUGCUUCAGAAAAAGCUAAAGAAUAA